GAGCUUCUCUGGGAAUCAAAUUCAUACUCUGCAAGGGGCCACAUGCAGCCUGUGGCUGGGGCAGGAGCCGGCAGGGAGCCUGAACCCACCUGCCCUGCUGUGCCAGCUCCUAGGACCCGCCAGCAUGCUGCUGUCCCGGCUGGGCCGCAUGCAGAGGCGCUUCUGGACCUUCCUCCUCCUGACCCUGCUCCUGCUCCUGCUGGUUGGCCUCCUGCAUGUGGACGUGGAAAUGCUCACACCCCUACUCCGGGGCCAGACUGAGGGGCUGCCCGUCACCAACAUCAUGUUUCUCAAGACGCACAAGACCGCCAGCAGCACGGUGCUCAACAUCCUCUUCCGUUUUGCUGAGAGGCACAACCUGUCGGUGGCGCUGCCAGUCGGCUCGCGCUUCCACCUGGGCUACCCCUGGCUCUUCCUGGCGCGCUACGUGGAGGGCGUGGAGCAGGAUGGCCCACAGCGGCACUUCAACAUCAUGUGCAACCACCUGAGGUUUAACCUGCCCGAGGUGUGGCUGGGGGCGUGCCCUCUGCAGGUGGGAGAUGGGGCGCUUCGGGCGCGGCGGCGCGAGCUGGAAGCCCUGUGCCUGCAGGACAGCGCGCCCAAGAACAAGACGCAGAUCACCGACCGCAGGCUGCAGCCGUUCCAGUCCGGGGAGGCCAGCAUCCUGGGCUACAACCUCAGGCAGGGCUUGGACAACGAGACGCUGCGCAUGUGUCAGCGGAUGGUCAUGCCCGAGCUCCAGUACAUGGCCCACUUGUACACCCUGCAGUUCCCCGAAAAGCCCCCCAAGGACAUCCCCUUCCUGAAGGCAUAGCCCCUCCGUUUGAUGCCGGAGCCUCUGCUGUCACGUUGGGAGGCCCUGGGCACGGCCUCAGGCUCAUGGCUGGGCUCCUGGGAUUACAGCUGCCCACUCACAGUGUCCAGUGAGGAAAACUGCAGGAGGAGCUCAUGUUGGACGCAGUCCCAGAAGAGAGCCUGUUUGUUGUUCGAGGGGAGGGACUGAGGGCACCCUGCCUGGCAGGACAUGAUUCCUGGCUGCUCGGGGCCCAGCGGUGCGAGUGGGAUGCACACAGUCAGUGUCAUAUGCCCUUCAAAACACGUGGUGCCCCGAGCGCUGGAGGAGUAGCUGCUCUCACAGCUCAGCCUGGAGGCUCAGCCUGGCCAGCCCGGUGCUGGGGGCCCUUCCUUUCCCCUCAGGGCCUCCAGCUCAGAGGACCUGGCAGCUGGGCUGGGCACCUGCAGCGGGUGCUCCUGUGUGUAGGUAUGUCCACACUUUUCAGGUGAAUCAGCAUUUCAAAGAAGGGAGCCCCCCAAAUGAUCAGAACAGGAGGCAGCCGCUCCCUGGAACACUGGGAACUGAGGACGUGGCCAUUGCCUUCUCCCAGGAGGGGCAAACUUUUCCAAAGUGAUUUUUCAGCCACAGAGCAGGGCACACAACAAGCUUUCCUAGUACCAUGGCUUGUUAGGAGGACACUCUACACGGUGCUACCACCAGGUGACCUCAGCUCCUUAGGAAAACCUGGUCCAGUUAAGACAGGUCAGUAAGCCAGGGAAAGUAGAAGCGGAAAAUUGAGACAAAUAUUUAAAUGACCUAGCAGUUUACAGCCAGCUUGUAAAUCGCAAAAUCCUAUAUUCC